CACGCCUCACGACCCGACCGACCAUCGACAAUCGGAGCACGUUUGAUCGCAAGCAGGCACAAUGGCGAUCAAGCACAACCAGAAGCUUAUCAACAACCAUUUCCGCAAGGAUUGGCAGCGCCGGGUUCGAACCCACUUCGACCAGCCCGGCAAGAAGUCGCGGAGACGCACUGCCCGCCAGGCCAAGGCUGCUGCCCUUGCUCCCCGACCCGUCGACAAGCUCCGACCCGUUGUGCGAUGCCCUACCAUCAAGUACAACCGCCGUGUCCGUGCCGGCCGCGGUUUCACCCUGGCUGAGCUCAAGGAGGCUGGUAUCCCCAAGGCCUUUGCUCCCACCAUCGGCAUCUCCGUCGACUCCCGCCGACAGAACCUCUCUGAGGAGUCCCUGGCCGCCAACGUCGCCCGCCUCAAGGCCUACCAGGAGCGCCUGAUCCUCCUCCCCCGCCGGUCCAACGCCCCCAAGAAGGGUGACACCAAGACCGACGUCUCCCAGAUCGAGAAGGCUUCCACCAUCUCCGCUGUCCUCCCUAUUGCCCCCACCGACAUCGCCUUCAAGGAGAUCAGCAAGAGCGAGAUCCCCGCCGCUCUCAAGGAGGGUGCCUACCGAACUCUCCGUGUCGCCCGAAGCAACGCCCGUUACGAGGGUGCCCGACAGAAGCGUGUGCGGGAUGCUGCCGAGGCCGAGACGGCCAAGAAAUAAACUUGCAAAAAGGGAACUGGUGUUUGAGGGUUUUGCUCUUUGCGUCUCUAAGGGAGGGGCAACGUCGGUUCGAGGCUCUGAUGAAAGGCUUGGCCGGGUUUGGAGGGAGGAUUCUCUAGGCCCAGCUCAAGAAAUUUACUGCAUGAUCACCGGCUUUGUUCUGUAAUCAGUUGGUCAAUGGAUGCAUCGCGUGUGCACAGGUGUCUGCUUUGUCAAAAGUUAUCCUUAUCGGUU